AUGACGGAAAUCGAUCAACAAGAGCCAAUCGCCAUCAUUGGGGCCGCAUGUCGACUCCCUGGUGAGGUCUCGUCCCUAGGCGACUUGUGGGACAUGAUCAGCCAUGAGAGGACCGGGCAUGGCAAGAUCCCUGCUGACCGUUGGGAUGCCGAUGUCCUUCACCAUCCGGAUCAAGAUCGCAAGGGAUCUAUGGCUGUCAAAAAUGGAUACUUCCUUAAGGAAGACAUUAGUCACUUCGAUGCCCCCUUUUUCUCAACCACGGCUAAAGAGGCUGCGUCUAUGGACCCAGUGAAGAGACUUCUUCUUGAGGUCAGCUAUGAGAGUAUUGAGAACGCUGGUAUCCCCGUGGAGAGCUUAAUGAACUCUCAAACAGGAUGUUACGUUGGAUGCAUGACCGACGAUUACGAACUGUUGUCACUUCACGACAUAUAUGACCUUGGCCAUACUGCUGCGUCGGCUAUCAGCGAGGCCAUGACCGCAAAUAGAGUGUCUUGGUUCUUUGGUCUGCGUGGUCCCAGUCUGACGCUUGAUACUGCUUGCUCGUCAAGUCUGUACGCUCUCCACCUGGCGUGCCAGUCGUUGAAACUAAAAGAAACGAACAUGGGCCUCGUUGCAGGAGUAAACCUCAUUUUGAACCCCAACACUAUGCAUCAGCUCUCCGCUAUGCACAUGUUGAGUCCUGAGGGCAUUUCUCACACUUUCGACGACCGCGCUAACGGAUACGGCCGUGGAGAGGGAAUCGGAUGUCUUGUUGUAAAGCGUCUUUCGGACGCUCUUCGAGAUGGCGAUACCAUUCGAGCCGUGAUUCGUCACACUGGUGCUAAUGCAGACGGUAAAACGCCCAGCAUUACCCAGCCCAGCUCAGACGCCCAGGCCGAGCUCAUUCGAAGAACCUACGAUGCAGCGGGGUUGCCUUUGUCGUCGACCCAGUACUUUGAGGCUCAUGGAACUGGUACACCUGUCGGGGAUCCCAUCGAACUUAGGGCCAUUGCAUCUACUCUAGGUGCCGCCCGAACAGCCGAGGGACUUGGUCCUCUCUACGUGGGUAGCAUAAAACCCAGCGUUGGACACACUGAAGGUUGCUCAGGCUUAGCAGGUGUCUUCAAAGCCGUGGUUUGUCUGGAGAAGGGCAUGCUUGUUCCCACGUACGGAGUCGAGCGGGUAAACCCUAAGCUGACGCUGGAUGAAUGGAACCUCAAGUUGCCUCCAUCGACCAUGAAAUGGCCUAGCUCCGGUCAACGUCGGAUUAGUAUCAACUCCUUUGGAUUCGGCGGAGCCAACGCACACGCCAUUCUCGAUGAUGCCCAUCACUAUCUGAGCGCUCGUGGCCUUAUCGGCAAGCAUAACACGAAGGUGCAUGUCUCUAGUGAAAACUCGUCCGAAUCAGGCAUCAGUAUGGGACCUGAAACGCCGAUGAGCGAGCUUGACAGCAAGGCCGCCCGACAGCUGUUCGUUUUCUCUACCAAGGAUCAGUCUGGCAUCCAGCGCCUAUCAUCUUUGUAUUCCAAUGAACUUCCCAGCUCAGGUUUGGACAAAGAGGACACCUACUACCUCAGCAAUCUGGCAUACACGCUUGCGGUCCGGCGUUCACAUCACGACUUUCGCAGCUUCGCUGUGGCCUCAUCGCUCGCUGAGCUUAAGACGCAGCUGUCCAAGGGUCUGCCGAAGAUGAAGCGGUCCUCGCGCCAGGACAACAACUUGAUCUUUGUAUUCACCGGUCAAGGUGCCCAGUGGCCAGCUAUGGGAAAGCAACUUCUUAGCAACCCUGUGUUCAGGCAAAGCGUUGAAAAGUCACAGUUAUUCCUCAAGGCCCUUGGUUGUGAGUGGGAUACCAUCCGAGAAUUGUCAGAGGAGGAGAACUCCAAUAUCUCGCUUCCAGAGUUCAGUCAGACGCUGUGCACGGUACUCCAGGUUGCUCUAGUGGACUUAUUGAGAUACUGGGCUAUCACCCCGAAGGCUACUGUUGGCCACUCCAGCGGAGAGAUCGCCGCCGCCUACGCAGCAUCAUACAUCACUCACGGCGAUGCCAUCAAGAUCGCCUAUGUCCGUGGCCUCAGCUCCAGCUGCGUCACUCGGAAGGGUGCGAUGAUGGCUGUUGGCUUGUCAAGAGACGAGGCGCAAGGCUAUCUUGCACAAGUCCCUUCGCAAUCAGUCGUCGUAGCAUGCAUCAACAGUCCUUCCAGCCUGACGCUCUCUGGCGACAUCGAUGCCAUUGAUAGCCUCGAGAAGAUCAUCUCUGCAGACGGCAAGUUCGCUCGCAAGCUUAAGGUCAAGACGGCCUACCACUCUCCACAUAUGCUCGACGUCUCUCAGGGGUACCUUGAGCGGAUUGGUCACGUUUCUACUUUAUCUGGUGGCGAAACGAUCAUGUUCUCGUCUCUCACGGGCAAGAGAGUUGACCCCCAGGAGCUGAAUGCCCAUUACUGGGUAAACAACAUGUGCGCCCCCGUGGAGUUCUCCGCGGCUCUUUCAUCUCUCCUUUCUCUCACUGCGGUAUCCGGAAGUGGUCGCGGUAAGGCAAUGCCAGUUCGUUGGGGCGGACUCAUUGAGCUUGGUCCCCAUUCCGCUCUGCAAGGACCCGUGCAGCAGAACAUUGCCGCCAGCACCAGCAAAACAGCAAAGGAAGCACCGUACAUGUCGAUGAUUCUCCGCGGAAAAGAUGCUAAUGAGACGGCUCUGACGGUGGCUGGAAAGCUUUGGGCAAUGGGAGUUGGAGUUAAUCUCUCCUCUGUCAGCGGAGAUGACCGCACCUCGUUGAUCAUGGGACCGCAAGCCCUUACGGACCUGCCACCUUACCCAUGGAACCACGGCAGGAGUUUUUGGCACGAGGCAUAUUCUACAAAGUCGAACCGCUUCCCAGCGGCCCCGAGAACGGAUCUGUUGGGUGUACCAGAGGAUCUCCAAAACAGUUUGGAGCCUAGGUGGAAGAACUACCUCAGGAUCUCGGAGAACCCAUGGAUCGAAGAUCACAAAAUCACUGGUACCAUCUUGUACCCUGCCGCCGGCAUGCUUGUGAUGGCUCUUGAAGGCGUACUCCAGAUCUCGGGUGCGCCAGACAAGAUACACGGUUUCCGAUUUCGGAACGUUAGCUUUGAGCGUGGCUUGGUCGUGGCCUCUGGUGAUGAUGCGGCCGUUGAGACCCGUCUCAGCCUGCAGCCGCACCAGACUAUUCCGGGUCAAUGGCAAUUCACCAUCUUCUCCACCACCACCGGAACAUCUUGGACCAAGCACUGCAGUGGGAGUAUCUGUCUGGAAUACGCUACCGCAGACAAUGGCAUCGAGAACUCUCCUGUUGACCCCGCUUGGAUCCAGCAGUCUAAGACUUACAGGAGUCUUAUCGGAGACAAAGUUAUCGAAGAGGUGGACGUUGAUACGUUCUAUGACCAUCUACAGACCAUUGGCAUGGAAUACGGUCCUCUCUUUCGGAACGUGGUGUCACUGACAGCAGUCCCGACUCAGAAAUCCUCUUAUGGCAUCGUCAUCAUCCCCGAUACACUAUCGGCGAUGCCUGCAAACUUUGAGUACCCUCAUAUUAUGCACCCUGCCACCAUGGAUGCCAUCUUUCAUCUUCUCCUGGCAGCCGUAAAUGACGGCAAACCAGUUGAUGAAGCUGCAGUACCCUACAGCAUCGACGACAUGUUCGUGGCUUCCGCGCAGCCUCAGGGUGCUGGAAGUCGGUUUUCCGGCUAUGGCAACGUCGGCUCGAUGUCGAAGGACGGCCACGAGAUUGUAGGGAAUUUGAUCGUCUCGGACGAGGCUUGGUCUGCACCGAAACUCGUUGUGAAGGGAUUUGCUCUGCGCAAGGUCACGUCUGCCGAUGGAGCAAGCGCCAGCACCGCCACUGUGAGCGCCAUGAGGAAGUGUGCCCGGGUGGAGUGGAGCGAAGACAUCGACUUCCUCAAGACUGGUGGCGAUGUUUCAAGACUUCGGCAUAUGCCUGGCCAUGAAACUGGUUCUCUCAGCUUGUGGCUGGACCGUCUUACGCACAAGAAGCCCGUAGUGGAAGUUCUCGUGGUUCUGAACAAUGACUGGAUUAAUUUUAUCGAAACUAUUCGCGAUUUACAGGCUCGCGGAGGCCGAUGCCGAGGAAUUUCGAAAACUACUUUUGUGGUAACAAAAGCCUCCGACUUAGACAUGAUGCGCGCCGUGGAAAUAAGCUUGGAUUGCGAGGUCAAGCUCUGGGACGUCGACAUUGAAGAAGAGGGUCUCCUUUCUGCUGACAGCACGCAGGACUUGAUCUUGCUUAUUGGCUCUGGCGCGCUUGAGGUCAACUCCGAUGCUAUUUCCAAGGUUCAAAAGAUGUUGUCGCCUCAAGGAUACCUUGUCGUUGUCUCAACUGAAGAGUCGCAGUCCAAGAUCAAGCCGAUGUUGGAGAAGCAAGGAUUCUCUAAAACUUUUACUGUUUCCGGAGACUCUCAUAACGCUUUCCUGGUGGCAAGCGUACACUCUAGUUCUGGCUCCGAAAUCUCAAAAGCUCCUGCCGAGGUCCAUCUACUUGUGCCAUCCCUCACAUCGGCCGAGGCAUCUACCUUCGCAUCCAACCUCAUCGCAACUCUGUCUGCUGCCGGCAUUGUGGUGCACUCCACAACACUUAACUUGGAGAAUGUCGCAGGCCUAAUGGGCAAGCACGUCAUCUCUCUCCUCGAGCUUGAGUCACCUCUCAUCUAUUCCUGGAAUGAAGACCAGUUCACGUCUUUCAAGUCACUUGUGUCGUCGGUGGCGCACCUAUUCUGGCUCACCCGAGGCGGUGUCAUUGAGUCAUGGAACGGCGGCGUCGAGUUCGCACCUGCACAAGGCCUUUUGCGUGUCAUGCGCAAUGAGUACUCCCUUUCAGCCUUGCCGCACUUGGACCUCUCAAGUGAUUUUGAUCCUACCAGCGUGUAUAACGCCUCUUUGGUUGCCGAUGUUUGGCGAAGCUCGUUGGCCAACGAGGCAGAAAUGGAAUACGCCGAGUUUCAAGGUGCGAUCCAUGUGCCCCGUGCCAUCGAGGACUCCGGGUUCGACGGCGACUUGCAGCUGGCCAGCGGCAUUGCACGUCCUGUGCGUGCGUCGCUUGCUGAAUCUGGAAAACCCAUGAAACUUGCCUCUGCUGUGGAAGAGGGAGACUUCCUCUGGGUCGAAGAUGAAGAAGCCGAAGCGACGCUGCAGCCUGACCAAGUCGAGAUCCAGGUGGAGUUUGUUGGCUUGCCCGAGACUGCGUCUUCAAUAGAUGACGCUGUCGUUCCACAAUUGGCUCGAGAAGCAGUUGGUCUUGUUGUGCGCUGUGGUACUGGCGUCAAGACCGUUAGUGCCGGCCAGCGCGUGGUGGUUUUUGGAACGGAUACUUGCAAGACUUGCGUUCGCCAAACAGAAUCACUUGUUGCACCUGUGCCAGCAGAACUGCUCGCAGAUCAAGCUGCUGCUCUACCGAGUGUCUUUAUUGCAGCCCAAUAUUCUCUUCUCGAAAUUGCUGGCCUGGGCAAGGGGCAGUCGGUACUUAUCCAUGAUGCUGCAACCGCCUUGGGCCAAGCUGCAGUACAGGUCUCUCAGUCAGUUGGCGCCGAGGUUUUCGCUCUGGUAGCGUCCAAAGAGCAGAAGGCUAUCCUCUCUGAGCAAUAUGGAAUCCCCCCGACGCGCAUCUUCGACUACAACUUGCAACACUUCAUCGCCGCAAUUGAGCAGGCGACCGAUCGUCGCGGGUUAGAUGUGAUUUUGAGCAUCUACCAGCAUGGCCCAUCCGUCCUAGCGUCCACGGCUGCCCUCGGAGAGUUUGGAUUCUUCGUCGAUUUGGCUGGUGCCAACUCGGGCGCUCCGGAGAUCAGCCUGCCGAUCCAAAAGCGAAAUGCUACUCUCGCACGUGUCGAUAUGGAUCGUGUACAAAAGGUUAAGCCAAAUGUCAUUCAGUCCCUAUUCCAGAGGGCAUUCAGCGCGCCUAUUACGCCCAUUCAUCCCACCACCGUAUUCUCCGUUACCAACACCGCCCUAGCAGUAGACUGGCUGAGAACACAGAAACACGGGAAAGUAGUGCUUUCAUUUGAUGAUUCUGAUUUGAUUUUCACGCCGCCACCCCCCGCAAAGAAACUGGUUUUGGAUGAACAGGGCACGUACGUCUUGGCUGGUGGCCUAGGAGCGUUGGGUCUUGACAUUGCCUCAAUGAUGAUUGACCACGGUGCCAAGCACCUCGUCUUCUUGUCGAGAUCGGGCGGUAGCAAGAACGAACAUGACCUGGAGAAUUUCCGCAACCGAGGGGUCAAUGUGGAGGCUUAUAAGUGUGAUGUCAAUCAAGCUGAGAGUGUGACACAUGUCUUCGGCAAGCUAAAGGACAAGGGCCGGAUUGUCAAAGGACUCAUUCAAUGCGCCAUGGUAUUGGAGGACAGCAUCUUCGAGAACAUGACCCAUGAGAAGUGGAUACGAGCCUUCAUGCCCAAGACCCGCGGAUCAAGUAAUCUCCUGUCUCAACUCUCUGCCAGCGACGCUCCCUUUUUCAUCAUGCUCUCCUCCAUCACAGGAAUCAUUGGCAACACUGCACAGGCCAAUUACGCUUCAGGCAACACAUUUGAAGACGCCCUUGCUCAUUACGCGCGGAAGCAUCUCGGCAUCGCAGCUACCAGUAUCGAUGUCGGCUUGGUUUCUGACUCGUCGCACUUUACUUCGGCUGGAGAGUUUGGCGAGUUGGAGGACUAUCUUCACAUGUAUCAACACGGAUGGAGCGGUCUCCAGUGUACGCUUGAUGAGCUUCGGAUUGCGCUGCGGGCCGUCAUGAGUGGCGCAACCGCUGACGGGCAAGAAGUCGCAGCCCAGAUGGUAUUGGGUCUUGGAGACUCUCUCAUCCGGAAUGAAGGAGCCACAGGGUUUGAGAGGGACAGAAAGUUUGACCACCGGGUCGUCCAGCCCAUCAGCUCUGCCGGAGAUGGCAUUGCCAAGGGCUUAAGCGUUGGCGAGAAGCUAGCCAAAGCGACCACCGCUGGAGAGGCAGCCACGGCUGUCGAAGUGAGCUUGAAGAUCCAGAUUGCAGCCGCUAUUGGUGUCGAGGUGGAUGAGGUGGACGGACAAAAGCCGCUACCCGAAUUUGGAGUCGACUCGCUGAAGGCUGUCGAGAUGCGCAACAGAGCCCUCAGAGAGAUGCAGAGUGAUGUCUCCGUUUUCGAAUUGUUGAGUGCAACGCCGUUGACAGACCUUGCCGCCAAGAUUGCAUCAAGAAGUGCGCUAGUGAAGCUGGAUGCUGAUGAGCUUGCAUAA